CUUCUCACUUACAGGAAAGAAAGAAAAAAUGGCUUCGUUCUGUAGAUCAGCUGUGAGGUCAGGGAUGAGAUCCAUGGCUGCGUUACGGAACCAAAACCUAAAUUCAAAACCUUUCUCUCCUCCGUUUCCUCUUCCAACAACAAGCUCUCUUCCUCGCACUUCUAGAUUUGCAGUGGCCCUGGCAAGUGUGGAAUCAAUGAUGCCUCUUCACUGUGCAAUUGCUAAUUCUCGUCUCAAAUCAAGUAUUGCUGUUGACUCUAGUUGCUGGAGUUGGAUGUCCCAAGGGCUUUCAUUACCAUUGUGACGAAGGGACUCAUGGUGCGUUAACAGUUAAAACAAGACUAUAUUGUACGCUUUGCAUUUUCUCUAUCUAUGUUUUCGUGCUUAAA